AUGCAGGACAGAAGUGAACCUCAACAACAUGAAGAGGUUAAAAUGACUCCAAUUGAGAUGGAUACUACUCAAAAUGAUAUGCAAGAUACUUCUAAUGAUGUUGAAUCCAGUAAUGUAGAAGAUUUUAGAGGUUGUUCCUAUUAUCCAUGUUCAGCAGAGAAGGGUUUGACCAAUUUUAGAGAUUUUGAAGAGGAUAAGGAGAAUAAAGUCAGAGAGAAUCUUGAAGCUGAAAUUAGGAAAGGGAAUUGGUGGUGUUGA